AUGUGCGUCAUAUUUAUAAUAAACUCACUUCCUACUGUUCGCCAUGGCACUCGCUACGCCUAUCAAGUGCUUCCAUUGAUUUCCUUCCAUUUUCCCCUAAUUUUUCAGCUUUCUCAUUAUCUCUCUCUCAAAUUGUCUUAUUUAUAUUCAUCUUAUAUUUUAUUCCCUCCCAUCUCUCUCUUCAAUGUCUUACUCUCCUCCUCCUCUCUAAACAGUCAACCUGCUCCCUUACUCUUCUUCUUUCUUUUCUCCUUAGCCAGCUCUACCCUCUCUGUUUUUUUUUUCUUUUCUUUAGCCAGGUCUACCCUCUCCAUUUUUCUCUCUCUCUCUGCAUGGCUAGAUCUACUCACUGUUUUUUUUUUUUUUUCUAUUUGCCUGGGUCUACCUGCUCUGAUUUUUUUUUUUUUUUCUUCUGGACCAUGUCUACCUACUACCUGUUUGUUUUUGUUUUUUUUUCCUCCUCCCUCCUUGGCCAGGACUACUCACUGUUUUUUUUUCUAUUUGGCUGGGUUUAACCACCCCAUUUUUUUUCUUCUUGGCUGGAUCUAUCAACUCACACCCCACUUAACUAGGUCAACUUCUAUCCAAUCAUCUCAUUGCUUUUUCCUUCUUUGCCUUCUUCUCAGCCACUCCUUCUCACUUGCCUCUCUCCAAUUUUGGACAAUCACCUCUUGGCUUCUAUUACAUUUCCUUUCCUCUCUGAUUCUUACCCUUUGCUUACUGUUACUCACACUGUUUAAUUCUCUCUUUGUUCAUUACUAUAUUUUCCCUCUUUGCUUGCUUACUUUCCCUCUCUCAUUCCUCUGCAUUCGACCACUCUUCAUUCAGUCUUUCUAUAUUCUCCUUGCCGUUCUCUUUGUUUUUGUUGUCUCCCCUUUGCUGCUCACCCUCUGUCCCCUUUUUAUUACUCACUCACUUUCUCCACACUCCUUUUUAACUCUUUGCUCUCCCACUUUCUUACCUUGCUUAUUUAUUCUUUCAUUUUGCUAUAUCAUGAUUGUCUUUCCUUCUCUCAUCCUCUUUCUUUAA